UGUUGAAAAACUAAGGAAAAGAACAAUCAAUGACGUGUACUAGUGUGUAAAAAGGUUUUGUAGUAACAACAAAUAAUUUAGAUGGUAUUUAAGUAAUAAGGAAGCAAGUGGGGACAUCGGACUUCAAGGUGUAUCAAUAUCCGAGCAGGUAUAAUAGUAAUAAUGAGUAUCAGUUAUCAUACUAGUAGACAUAGAUAGACAUGUGUUAUACUAAUGGUACUAAUACGAACGUAGAUCUAUACAGUACAGGGUCGUUAUUUUCUUCCAUUGCAACUGUUGAGCAACGUGUGAGGAAGUAGUCUGAUUGAAUAAACAUUAUGGAAACACUGUACCACCAAACCAACAGGCUCGUGGAAGAUGUACAGCACUCGUUUGCUCGUCUGGAGCAUUGUUUACAGGAAGAAGCUCAUACACUGGAGAAUGAAGUCCAAGCUAGAAUUGAUCAGAUCACGAGCAACUGUGAACGUCUCGAUAUCCUUGUGCUUAAAGAACCUCCAGUUCGGCGUCCUAAUGCCAAAUUGAGAGUUGAUCAACUGAAGUACAGUUGUCAACACUUACAAGCAGCUUUAAGGAAUUUACAGCAUCGACGGUACGUUCGAGAGAGAGAGCUGAAGGAGCGCGAACAGCUUUUAAGUAGAAAAUUUACACCAAAUGAUCAGGAUACAUCAAUAUACAUUGACCAGGCACUACAACAAAACACCUCACUACAGAAUGCUCACAGGGGGAUGGAUGAACUACUAGGAACUGGAUCUGGUAUCCUGGGAAAUAUUAGAGACCAGAGACAGACGUUGAAAGGAGCUCAUCGUAAGAUUCUUGAUGUGGCUAACACUUUAGGCAUUUCUAACACUGUGAUGCGGUUAAUUGAAAAAAGAACUUAUCAAGAUAAGUUUAUACUGUUUGGUGGAAUGAUAGUAACGUGUGUAAUCAUGUUUUUGGUUGUUAGAUACAUGUAUUUCUCAUAAAAUCAAUUGUGUUCGUGUAAUUUUGUUAUCCAAUAUUAUUUUAGGAAAUAUAAAAGUAUAUAUAUAUAUAUAUAUAUAUAUAUUUGGGUGUAAAAAAUAAAGUGUGUGAACUGUAUGAAGCUGGAAAUAAACUCAAAACUG